CGCAGUAGAGUGAGGGAUCGCCGACCUUCCAGCGCCGCCGGGACAUGCUCGCAGCCUGACUGACCGCCCGGGACACGAAUGAAGAAGCAGCUGCUCCUCCUGUUCACACACCGGGGACUCGUCAGCCGAGGGGGUCGCAGGGGGAAGCGCCGUCGAAAAUGGCUUCGUUCCGCAUCCGCGCCGCGCGGCCUGAGGAUUGCCCCGACCUGCUGCGACUGAUCAAGGAACUAGCCAAGUACGAGGACAUGGAGGACCAGGUGGUGUUAACCGAGAAAGAGCUGCUCGAGGAUGGCUUUGGCGAGCACCCGUUCUACCACUGUCUUGUUGCGGAAGUGCCCAAAGAGCAGUGGUCGUCUGAAGAACACAACGUUGUGGGCUUUGCCAUGUACUAUUUCACUUAUGAUCCAUGGAUUGGGAAACUGCUGUACCUUGAAGAUUUCUAUGUGAUGGCAGAAUACAGAGGGCUUGGCAUUGGGUCAGAAAUUCUGAAGAACCUGAGUCAGGUGGCUGUCAAGUGCCGCUGCAGCAGCAUGCACUUCCUUGUGGCCGAGUGGAACGAGCCCUCCAUCAGCUUCUACAAGAGGAGAGGCGCCUCCGAUCUGUCCACCGAGGAGGGCUGGCGGCUCUUCAAAAUCGACAAGGAGUAUCUCGUGAAGAUGGCGACGGAAGAGUGAGAGGUUCCAGCAACGCAGUCCCUCCUGUGAAUAUCCCUGCUCUCUACGAAUAAACUCCCUCUUGCUUUCUGUGCACAGAUUGUAGUGGAAUAAAGUAGCAUGGGUGCUAAUAAUGAAAACGCUUUGCGGUUGGUAGAGUAAUUGGUACUGUGGUCUGGAACCGAGGUGUCUGUCAAGUUGACAAUGUGCUUGUAUACAUCCUUAACCAGUGUGGGCUUGUUAGCUUUGAAAUGUAUAUGGAAACUUCAUUCUUGUGAGUGUCAUUCAAAUGUGUACAAUGUACACACUGG